AUGGUGGAAGAGUACUCUGCCAUUUAUGAUGUGGCUAUGACAUCAAAUUUUGGUUGGAGUGCAAACAUGGAGAAGAUCAUGCAAUCUCAGACUUUAUCAGAUGCUAGCAAGCAAGCAUGCAUGCGUGGCAAGAGGAUACUUGUGAUUAACCCAAGGUAUCCAAUCAUCAAGGAGCUCCAUAAGAGAGUAGUAAAGAACGCUGAGGAUGAGAGUGUAAAGCUGACAGCACGACUUAUUUACAAUUUUGCACUCAUGAAAGGUGUUUCCAAUUUUCCAGAUCCCAAGAUAGAUGGAUUCAAAGAUAAAGCAAGCACUUUUACUGAAAUUACAAUCAAGUUGAAGAAUGGCAUUGCCUCAAUCACAAAAAGCUCUUUCUUUGAUACUUGA